UUAACUGUGGUUGGUUUAUGUGUUUAGAUAUUUUUUCGUUUUUAAUUUGUAUUUUGCAAUAGGCUAAGAUGCCGAAAGUCAAACUAUUUUCGCAUUGUGCUGUGUCAAAGUGUACAACAAAAUAUGAUGGACAAAUUAGUUUUUUUAGAUUUCCCAAGGAAAAUCGUGGAAGGUGUGUUGAGUGGUUGAAGCUAUGUGGAAGAAUGGAUUUGAUUGAUAAGGAUUGCAAUUAUUUAUAUAAUAAAUUGCGAGUAUGUGGAAAACAUUUACAAGAUAAUAUGUUUCAAAACCAUUUGAAAAACAGGCUGCUACCCAAUGCAAAACCGACAAACUUCAUUCCUAAUGUUUCACCAGAUAUAAUGCCAGACAUUUGCAGUAUAAAAGAGUCUUCCUUACAAGAAGAUACUGAACAAGUAUGCAACUUAUCCCAAAUUGCCGAGGAACCAGUACAAUGUUCAUCUACAGUUCUCAAUGUAGAUCAUACAUAUUGUACUUUUGAACCUAUUGCAAGUUGUAGCACUUCUCGAUGCACUCCUCCUCUCGGCCCCCUUCACUUAGAAAUUUCACAUAGCUCUGAAGUGGAAUUGUCUCCUCUAAAAUCACCAGUGCAAACACAAACUACCCAGAUUUUCAGUAACAGGUCACCUCGCAAGAAUAAACUACGACAGAAAAUAAGGAGUCAACGGGAAGAAAUAAGAAAAUUAAAAAAAGUUGCUAAUCAAGAAGAAAUAUCAGUGCAACAAUUUAAAAGUCUGUGCGAAAAAUUUCUUCCAGAAAAAUUCUGCAAUUUGGCAAAAGCCCAAGUCGACCUAAAAAAUAUACGUCCCAAAGGUCGUCGUUAUACAGAAGAAUAUAAAGAGUUUGCUUUAACAUUAUAUUUUAUGAUCUUAGGAGUUUGCAAAGAAUGA